GUCUCAGUGCGGUCGAGGCGAAGCCGGAGUUUCUUCUGCAGCAAGAGAGCAGCAGCAGCAGCAGCAGGCGCGGCCGGGGGCGGAAGUCCUUUGUUGCUGCAGCAGGAGGAGGCGGCGGCCGCGCCGGCAGAGCAGCCGAGGCCCCUCUCCGGUUUUGCAGCGGCCCUCCGAGACCUCCCCAGCGCUUUGGCCGCGGAAGCCUCAGAUAAAACACCACAGCUCUUCCCCACCCAUGAUUAGAAGGAUGUUGACAGACUGGAAGGAGUGCAGAAGACACCUACGAGGAUGAUAGCAAAGUUUAGAGAUCAUAUCAGAUGAGACAGCUGCGGGAACAGGGAUUGUGAUUCAAGCACAAGAUGGCAAGGACUAGCCAUAGCAACUAUGUCCUUCAGCAACUGAACAACCAAAGAGAAUGGGGAUUUCUCUGUGAUUGCUGUAUUGCAAUUGAUGAUAUCUACUUCCAGGCACAUAAGGCUGUCCUGGCUGCUUGCAGCUCUUAUUUUAGGAUGUUUUUCAUGAGCCAGCAGCACAGCACAGCACAGUUGAACCUCAGCAACAUGAAGAUUACAGCUGAGUGCUUUGAUCUCAUUUUACAGUUUAUGUAUUUAGGGAAAAUCAUGACAGCCCCAGCUAACUUUGAGCAAUUUAAAGUAGCCAUGAACUCCCUACAGCUCUAUAAUGUGCCAGAAUGUCUGGAAGAUAUACAAGAUACAAACUCCUCUGGUUUACAGUGCUCUUCAUCUGCUUCCAGCACUCAAAAUAGCAAAAUGAUUUUUGGUGUACGGAUGUAUGAAGAUACUCUGGCUAAAAACAGGAGCGAAGCAAACAAGUGGGGUCCAGAGCCACCAAGUUCUACUGUGAGCACUUCCCAGAGCAGAGAGGUUGAUGAUGAAGCUUUGCAACUAAACAGUUUCUCUGAGCAACCGUUGGAGAGCUGCAAAAGGAGCACUGUGUCAAAACUCUCAAGUGCCAAAGACAGAGUGUCCAAUUCACGACGCUUUGGAAGAAGUUUUACCUGUGAUGGCUGUGGGUUCAGUUUCAGUUGUGAGAGGCUGUUAGAUGAGCAUAUCAUGUCAUGCACUAAUAGGCAUUCCUAUCAGAAUGCCAGGUAUUUUGGGUCUGAGAAAGACAGCAGUGAAAGGGACUCUACUUCUAAAAUGCCAAUUUCCCAAUUGGACAAAUAUCAAGGAGGUGCAAACCAGUCUGCUGAGAGGUCUUCAUCCCCAGCAUCAAAUGUAACAAGUGGAAAAAGCAGGAGUGUCUCAUCAGAGCCAUUAAAUGAAGAGCGAAAUAGAGCCACAGAAAGGAAAAGGAUUAUUGUUAAAAUGGAACCAGAUGAUAACCCUACAGAUGACCUGAAAGAGUUUAACAUCGUUAAGGUAACAGAUGGCAACGAUUCCACCGAUAAUGAUGAAUUAGAUGAUGAUGAACCAGUUUAUAGGUAUUACAUUGAGGAAGAUGUCAGUGAAAACAGGAGUGUUAGAAAGGCUCUUUUAAAACCCCACAUGCCUAUUGAUGAGCAGGCUAGAAAAUAUAUUAGAGGCGCCAGAGUCCUUGCAAAUAAAGUCAGUGCUGUCAAAGAGGUGACAGAAAAUGCAUCUUGUGAACUGUGUGGGCUGACAAUCACGGAAGAAGAUUUGUCUUCUCAUUACUUAUCCAAACACAUAGAAAAUAUAUGUGCAUGUGGAAAAUGUGGCCAGAUAUUAGUAAAAGGGCGGCAGUUACAGGAUCAUGCACAGACAUGUGGAGAACCCCAAGACUUGACCACCAAUGGUUUGAGGAACGUGGAGGAGAAAAUUGACUUGGAAGAGAGUCCUGAGGAACAAUCUGAAAACCAAGAAAUGAUGUAUGUGGACAUGCUAGAUGAGUUUGGAGACAGCCAUUUUCAGAUGAACACACUUCCAAAAAAACAACUGUACAGGGAUUCAGCUUGCCCUUUCCGAUGUCCUAAUUGUGGAUUACGUUUUGAAACAGAGAAUUUGGUAGUUGAACAUAUGUCCAGUUGCCUGGAGCAAGAUCUGUUCAAGAAUGCCAUUAUGGAAGAGAAUGAAAGGGAUCAUCGACGCAAGCAUUUCUGUAAUCUUUGUGGGAAAGGGUUUUAUCAGCGUUGCCAUUUGCGAGAACAUUAUACUGUGCACACCAAGGAAAAACAAUUUGUUUGUCAGACAUGUGGGAAGCAGUUUUUAAGAGAACGUCAGCUGCGCCUUCACAAUGACAUGCACAAAGGCAUGGCCAGGUAUGUCUGCUCCAUUUGUGACCAAGGAAACUUCCGAAAACAUGAUCAUGUCCGGCAUAUGAUAUCCCAUCUCUCACCUGGAGAGACAAUUUGCCAAGUCUGUUUUCAGAUUUUUCCAAAUAAUGAACAACUUGAACAGCAUAUGGAUGUUCACCUGUAUACAUGUGGUGUUUGUGGAGCCAAAUUUAAUCUGAGGAAAGAUAUGAGAUCCCAUUAUAAUGCUAAGCAUUUGAAACGGACAUGACCACGUAAUGCCUGUUUAACAAGAACUAGAAUAAAAGCAAAUGGAACACCAAAGUAAAGUGAACAGUAAUGCAUACAAAAUUGAACAACCUGUUUUUAAAUGUCUGUUUUUUUAAAGAACUUCUGAAUCGUGUGUCUUCUUGUAAGGUCUUAAACUACAGUACAUGGCAUAAACAGCACCAAAUGUUUCAUUAUUGCAUUUUUUUGUCUUACGUUAAUUUUGUUUUUGUUUUAUUUUUCUUCUUUUUGUUUUCUUCACCAGAUUAUUCAAGUCAUUAUUUUUAAACUCAGUUUUAAAAGCACACUGUAGUAUUACCCUAGUCACUAGCUUUUAUUAAACAGCUUCUCAGUUCCAUCAACAUAGGAUGCCUGGUUUUAUAUUUCUGU